AAUCCGAUCCGGAGGGACUGCUAUAACGCGGGGCGGACUGAGAUCCGCAACAACAACUUGAUGGCUCCGUCGUCUUGUUAUAUUACUCGUACUCCCGCUGCCAGAUCGUCCGAGAUCGUUCAGACAGAUUAACCGCCGCCCUGACUGUUGUACGCGCGUUCAGUUCGGCCCGUGGCAUUGAAAAUAAUAAAAAAAAAGGGAAGAGGAGCUGAAAAGAAGAAAAACUUGGCCCAUCACCUUUUAUUUUUAUUUUGUCGGAGAAAAAAAAGAAAAUAAAUAAAAAUAAAUACCAUUCGCCACCAGCACUACCAGCAGCAGCGGGCGGCGGCAGCAUCGGAGCCGGAUGAUAAAAAGGUCAGUGGCCAACAAGAUGGCGCUCAGCUCCAUGUUCAUUCGGACACCCAUCCGCUCCGCUUCGGGCAACGUGUCACAGGGCAUUGUCUCCAUCCCAUCGGUCAACUAAUUCUUCUCACCAACACCGCCUUCUUCUUCUUCUUCUUGUAGUUAUUCUUUGACUUCAUAUUUUUCAUCUACCUGUUUUCGGGGGUCUACUUUUCACUCCACGCGGACCUGCUAGUCUUCCGGCAGCUCUAGUUUACGCAGUAGCUCGUCCGGUAGUUGUAAUAGUAGUUGGAGCCCAUCAUCCGGCAUGUUGAAACACCUAAGUACACGUCAGCCAACCGAUCAUUUUCGUACUCCAUCCAACGGACUUUCAGAAUCGGGCCAGUCGGAUCCCAUCGUCGAACCGCCUCCUCCACCUCGCCGCCUCCUUACGUCAAACAACAACGUCGUCGUCAUGGCUCCUCAUCCGUCGCACCACCAUCAAUUGGCCAACGGCUACUCGUCGCCGGGGCGCUACUCGACGGCCGGAUCGAGCGGCAAACAACAACAACAGCCCCAGUUGCACAACAUGUCCAUGCACAACACGUCCAAACAUUCUUUGAGUCCCACCACCAGCAACAUCAGUCCAGGCACCGGGGCCAACCAGACCAAAACGACGCUGACCAAUUUGGACCACUCCAGGGACGAGUCUCUGCCUUUCAAUUUCAGCGCCGGACCACUGUCCUCUUCCAUUUUCAUCACGGACCGCUCACUCCCCAUCGGAGACCACACCUUCCUGUCCACCAAUGGUGGAGGAGGGUUAAAUAAAGGCGUUACGGCCAACGGUGGAAUGCACAUCCGGCGCGGAAGUCCUCUACCGACGUCCGUGACGAGGUUGGCAGCUGCAACGCGUCAGGUUUCCGCCAGCGUCAUCGGAGUGCGCGAGAUGUUGACUUCGCUCGGCCUGCUCUGUCUCCUCUCGCUGAUGAUGGCCCUGCUGGGUCUCAUCUUUUUGCUCAAAAUGAGCCCGCCGCCAGACGCCAUCCACUUUCUCGACCAGGUGCGCAUCGUUUCGCCCGACGAAGCUCAUUCCGUCUACGAAGUCAGUUUGGCACUUUGCUCCUUGGCCAUGACGUUGGACGUCUGCUGCUGUCUCGUCUGUGCCACCCAACUCCUCUUUGCCGCCCGGCUGAUAACGGCCUCGACCUGCUCAUCUUCAAAUUCAAGUAGAGAUCGAAUCAAAAAAUUCUUGAGAGAUUCGGCCGUCACUCGUAUUUGCGCCGUGGCCGGAUUCUUUGUCUCCAUUCCGGUUUUUCUCACGGAUAUCGUUUUGUACACCAUCAUCCAGUUCCCAUCGACUCCUGCCAUUACUACAAGUAUAGUGAUCAGCGUGGGAAUCGUCCUCUGCGGAUGCGCCAUGCUCCACAACAUCGUCGUCUGGCAGAGGUACAAGGGCUCAAAUUCGGGCUCGAUGCUACCCGAUCUGUCGGGGAUAGAAAAGCAUCCGGACGCAACGCACGGAAGGAUCAUGUCACCUGCUCAAAUGCCAACAGCCACUUUAGAUUUAAGUGCCCUGAAUGGCAACGUCAGCAGUCACAUGCUCGAGCUUUCAACCUUGGUCUAAUACAAUCGGACCCCAGAAAUUGUACAGAUAUUAUUAUUUUGACGAGAGGAAAUGUUUCGAGCAUCACAUUGUGACCGAAAAAAUCAAUGACAUGAAAGCCUAGUCAAAUGAAAAAUUGUGAAACGCCAGGCUUAUGAUGUCAUUAGAAGGAACGAAGUGAAACUUGAAUUUUGUUUUGUUAUCUCCUAAAAAUUAAAACAUUUCACGACCACCAGAUGCAUCCAACAGACCCCCCCCCCCCUCCCUCCUGAUACUCUGUGCACGGCCCCCAUCCAUUCACACACACACACUAUACAGCCUAUACUUAAAAAUAUUUAAAUAAUUGUGUAACGCACCCACCAUUGUCUUCAAUGAUGAAUUCAAGUGCCUCCAUAUGUAUAAUUUUUUGAUUGCCAGUGCCAAUUUUGUCUUGUAAAUAGUACCGUGUUGUUAUUAUAAUAUUCCCACGUCUCAAUCAAUGUUGUUUAAAACAAAAAAUGAACCCCACAAACAAGAAUUACACCAAAUCAUGAAAUUGACAA